CACAAGUGUGGUGAUGAAAUGGCUGAAAGCAGAGAUGAGACAGCAGCAGAGAGCGCUCCGUCCAAUGGCCGCUUUACCAUCCGCUCCUUGAUCAGCACUGAGGAGAGCACCAAAUCUCAGUAUGGACAGCAAGAAACCUCAUAUGAUACCUUCAACCCCAACAACCUCACCCAUUCCAAUACCUUUUACAUGAGGACGUUUGGAUACAAUACCCUUGAUGCCGUCCCAAACUAUGACCACUAUGCUAAUACUGAGGUGCCUGGAUGGGUGAAAAAAGCCAGGCCAACUUUAGAGGACCUUCACUCCAUCUUAAAGCAAGAUCAUCUGCAGCCUCCAGUGUAUGAAACCAGUAGCGACUCUCCCGAUGGAGAAGCCGAGAACGUGGUGGAGAAACCAUCAGGGGAACCCAUCAGAUUUGGGUGGAUAAAAGGAGUAAUGGUCCGCUGCAUGCUGAAUAUAUGGGGAGUGAUUCUUUACCUCCGACUGCCUUGGAUAACAGCUCAGGCCGGCAUAGCGCUCACCUGGCUUAUAAUCCUCAUGUCUGUAACGGUCACCAGCAUCACAGGGUUGUCCAUCUCGGCCAUUUCCACCAACGGGAAGGUCAAAUCAGGCGGCACCUAUUUCCUUAUAUCUAGAAGUCUGGGACCGGAGCUGGGAGGAUCCAUUGGACUCAUAUUUGCAUUUGCUAAUGCUGUUGCAGUCGCCAUGCAUACCGUUGGUUUUGCAGAGACGGUUCGGGAUCUAAUGCAGGAAAACGGCGCAACCAUUGUGGAUCCUUCUAAUGACAUCCGAAUUAUUGGCAUCAUUACUGUGGCGAUCUUAUUAGGAAUUUCACUAGCUGGCAUGGAGUGGGAGGCUAAGGCUCAGGUUCUUUUCUUCAUUGUGAUUAUGGUGUCAUUUGUAAACUAUUUGGUCGGGACAGUGAUUCCGGCCACAGAUGAGAAAAAAGCCAAAGGUUUCUUCAGCUACAGAGCUGACAUCUUUGCUGAAAAUUUUGUGCCACGGUGGAGGGGACCGGACGGCAGCUUCUUUGGAAUGUUCUCCAUUUUCUUUCCCUCCGCCACUGGGAUUCUAGCUGGAGCGAACAUCUCUGGAGAUCUAAAGGACCCAGCCGUGGCUAUCCCUAAAGGCACUCUGAUGGCCAUCUUCUGGACGACCGUCUCUUACCUGAUUAUAUCUGCCACUAUCGGCUCCUGUGUGGUUCGAGACGCCUCCGGCAGUCUAAAUGACACCAUUAUUGAGGGAGGCACCAACUGUGUUGGGCUGGCAUGUGACUACGGAUGGAACUUCACCAGCUGCGCCCUUAAACAGAACUGUAAACACGGGCUGAUAAAUUAUUACCAGGCUAUGAGCAUGGUAUCUGGAUUUGCUCCCCUUGUUACUGCUGGGAUUUUUGGGGCCACUCUGUCCUCUGCUUUGGCUUGUCUUGUCUCAGCCCCUAAAGUAUUUCAGUGUCUCUGUAAGGACAAUUUGUACCCGCUGAUCGGCUUCUUUGGGAAAGGAUAUGGGAAGAAUAAUGAGCCAAUUCGUGGAUACCUCCUAACUUUUCUCAUCGCAAGCGCCUUCAUUCUGAUUGGUGAACUGAACACCAUUGCUCCCAUCAUCUCGAAUUUCUUUCUGUGUUCCUAUGCUCUGAUUAAUUUCAGUUGUUUCCAUGCAUCGAUCACUAAUUCACCAGGAUGGAGACCUUCAUUUAAGUAUUACAAUAAAUGGGCCUCCUUGUUUGGAGCAGUCAUUUCCGUCGUCAUCAUGUUCCUCCUGGCCUGGGAGUGCGCCCUGAUUGCGAUUGGCAUUGUCAUCUUUCUAUUGGCGUACGUCCUGUACAAGAAGCCUGAGGCAAACUGGGGCUCCUCUGUACAGGCAGGAUCCUAUAACAUGGCUCUGUCUUACUGUGUGGGGCUUAACCAAGUGGAGGAUCACAUCAAAAAUUUCAGACCACAGUGUUUAGUCCUGACAGGACCUCCAAAUUUCCGGCCAGCUCUGGUGGAUUUUGUAGGAACGUUUACAAAAAAGCAAAGCCUAAUGAUCUGUGGGAACGUAAUCAUUGGCCCACGGAAACAAAAACUCCAAGAGCUGAACUCAGACGGCCAUGUCAAGUGGCUAAAUAAGAGAAAGAUUAGAGCCUUUUACACGGGACUGAUCGCUGAUGACCUACGCAGCGGGGUCCAGAUGCUCAUUCAGGCUUCUGGGAUCGGUUACAUGAAACCAAAUGUCCUGUUUUUAGGAUAUAAGAAGAACUGGCAAUCAUCUCACCCAAGAAAUGUGGAAAGUUAUGUGGCCAUACUGCAUGAUGCUUUCGACUUUAACUGUGGAUUGUGCCUGCUGAGGAUGAAGGAGGGUCUGAACAUGUCCCGUGUCAUGCAAGCUCACAUAAAUCCUGUCUACGAGCAAAUGGAGGAACCAGCACUGAAAACUGCUGCGGAGAACGGAGCGGACUGCAUGCCUCAAGGAACAUUGGACCCAGAAGCUCUCACAGUCGAGCAGCAGGCCAGCACCAUUUUCCAGAUUAACCAAACAAAAAAGACCCUAGAUAUUUACUGGCUCUUUGAUGAUGGAGGACUGACGCUACUGAUCCCCUACCUUCUGACCCGGAAAAAGAGAUGGGAGAAAGUUAAAAUCCGAGUUUUUGUGGGAGGACAGAUCAACAGGAUGGAUGAAGAGCGUAAAGCGAUGAUCUCUUUGUUGAGUAAGUUCAGAAUUGGAUUUCAUGAGGUGCAUGUCCUACCAGAUAUCAACCAGAAACCGCGGCCUGAACAUGUGAAGCGGUUUGAAGAUCUCAUCGCUCCGUACAUGCUGAACGACGGCUUCAAAGAGGAGGUCCUGGUAAACGAGAUGAGACGCGACUGUCCGUGGAAGAUAUCAGAUGAGGAAAUCAAGAGGAACAGGGCCAAGUCUUUGAGACAAAUCCGAUUGAACGAGAUCCUUCAGGAUUACUCCCGGGAUGCUGCACUGGUUGUCGUAGCAAUGCCCGUUGCCAGAAAAGGUAAAUGUCCCAGUUCUCUAUACAUGGCCUGGCUGGAGACCCUGUCCCAAGACCUGAGACCACCAGUUCUUCUAGUUAGAGGAAACCAGAAGAAUGUCCUAACCAUGUACUGCCAGUAAGAAGAGGUCCCAUACCAGACUCACAAGCAGAGGCAGAUGAGCAUUGCCUACAACAACUAACGGCUUGCAUCGUCCUUGGCCUCUACCUGCCCCGUGCCUGCAUACCAAAUUAGUGCCAUUCCCACCAUAUAUUAAUAUU